AUGUCAUCCAUUUAUUCUGAUGUACCAAUUUUUGAUGAAUUAGAUGAUCUUUAUAAUACAUAUUGUUCAAAUGUAUUUAUGAAAAAUACACCAGUUUUAGAUUGUAUUAAAAAAUAUUUAAAUAUAACUGUUGAUAAUAAUUCUUUUAUAACUAUUCCUAUUCAAGAUAUUGAUGAUGACAUACCAAAUAAAAAAAAAAUUUUUAAUGAUAAGAGAAAGUGA